AUGUCUGAGACCGCCGCUGCAUUAGAGCGAUACAGUGCGUUUGUCGAGGAUGUCUUGCGCCCACAAUUAAAGCGCACACUUUUAAAUCGAGAUGUGCUCGCCCGUGAAGUGCAUGAGUACCAGGAGCUGCAAGAGUUGCUGCACGAAUUGGCCACGAAAAAUGACAAGGACGCAUCGUUGCACACGUUAUUGGACGUGGGUGAACGUUUUCACGAUGGUGCUCGCUACAAGACACAGUUGGUUCAAGCAGUAGACUCGUUGUUUGCAAAAGCCACGACUCGUGCUUUUAGACGCAUGGCAGCGAUCGUACUUCAGUGGGUUUUUCAAUCGUGGAAAGCAGUUACGAAAAGAUCAAAACGGAAGAAUCAUCUUGCUUUAAAAAUUCUUGAAAAGCUACGUAUCCGUCGCAUCUGGACAUCAUGGAGAUUAUUUGUCUAUGAGCGACACAUGAUAGGUACUAUGAUGUUUGCAAAAGCUAGACAACGUGAAGCAAAGGAAAACAUGCUCGAAAUCGCUAAGCUACACGGUGAUAACUUUGAACGUGAAUCGGCAGAUCGCAUGCAAAAUGCAAUACAACGAGAAAUCGUGCAGAAGCUGGAAAAGCAACUAGCAGCAGAAAGGAGUUUAGUGCAAUUAAAAGACCGCCAACUGCUGGAGUUGCGUGGAGUUGAAAAUAUGCUGACGCUUGAAAACGUGUAA